AUGUUGCUCCACCUUGUCGCGAUUCGCAAAACGCUCCUCACCUCGCUGUCCAUGAAGGACAAGUCUUGUUCAUCCAUCGUCGAGGAGCGCCCCGCCCUUACGUUGACGCUGUCGCGCGUGGGGGCCCGGAACGUGGGAGGCGGCGGCGGUGGCAUCAGCAAGCUCCCGUCUGCCAUCAUCCGCCAGUUGCAUUUGCCGUCUGCUUCGGCGGUUGGCUCGCCUUGUCGGAAGAAGAAAAGGAUCAAGCUUCUUCCAGCCUGA